AUGGGCAGAUUACAACCGAAACAUCGACCUGUUUAUAUUGCUUUUGUGGCAUGCAAAUCACGUUACAUAUCUUCGUUCCUGAUAAUUAGCUAUCAUCGUUCAGCCGGUUUCCUGCAUAAAUGGUGGAAUCCACAACAAUUCAACUCUCCUCGAUUGUCUGAGAUUGUCUGA